AUGGCGACGGGUGGCAUGGAUGAAGCAAGCAACAUGAAGGUGGUACUGAAACACUAUGUAUCUGGUUCACCACAAGAAACCGAUAUGCAUUUGACAGCCGGAACCAUCAAACUCAAAGUACCAAAGGAUUCUAAUUCCAUCAUCCUCAAGAAUCUUUAUCUCUCAUGCGAUCCCUACAUGAUCUUCAAAAUGAUGAAGCUCGAACGACAAUUAACAGAUCCUUACGUCCUCGGUUCGCCUAUAACUGGAUAUGGAGUGGCAAAAGUUUUGGAUUCAGCACAUCCUGGCUUUGCAAAGGAUGAUUUGGUGUGGGGAAUAACUGGUUGGGAAGAGUAUAGUCUAAUUUCAGACCCUAAAAAUUUCUUUAAAAUCCAACACACCGAUGUACCUCUUUCCUACUAUGCUGGAAUUCUUGGUAUGCCUGGGAUAACAGCAUAUAUUGGUUUCUAUGAGCUUUGUGCUCCAAAGAAAGGAGACUAUGUGUUUGUUUCAGCAGCAUGUGGUGCAGUUGGUCAGCUAGUGGGGCAAUUUGCCAAGCUCCAUGGUUGCCAUGUUGUUGGAAGUGCUGGUAGCCCAGAGAAGGGUUUAGAGGAAGGAGAAAUGGAGGAGUCCAACAAUUAUGGCCACCAACAUCCCCUGCUUCUUAUCUUGAAUCAAGACCAGCUGAUCCACAAUCAAAGUGGUGUAACUCAUUGCUCCAGGUGCGGGGAGGAGGUGUCUGCUCCAUGUUUUUGCUGUGUGGAGCACUGUGGGUUUUAUCUUCACAAGGCAUGUGCCGACGCACCUUUGGAGCUUAAUCAUCCUUUUCAUCCCCAUCAUCCUCUUGUUCUUCUGCAAGAGCCACCAUCUUCUUACUCAGGGUGUGUUUGCGAUUUCUGUGAUGAACCAUGUACGAAUUUCAUUUAUCACUGCUCUUGCGCAUUGGACUUUCAUAUUAAAUGUGCUUUGUUAAUAUUUAAUAUUGCUGAGAAUAAUUUGAAAGAGCUUGAGCAUGUUGCCCUUCAAGAUGAAGAACUUGCAGAUGAAAAUAAGUGCUUUGGGUGUUGGGAACCAUUAGCAAAGUAUACACACUUUUCUCCCGACUGUGGAUUUAAUUUACAUGACAAAUGCGCCGAGCUUCCUUUCAAACUGAAUCUUGAGUGCCAUCGCGAACAUCCUCUUGUUCUACAAUUUAAUAGCGAAAGGCUCUCUUGCAAGAUAUGCUGCCUGGUGAGAACGCGAAGAGGAUUUGUUUAUGGUUGUUCUCCUUGUGAGUUUGUUGUUCACAUUGAAUGUGUAUCGCAAUCACCAUUACAAGUUAUUAAGAGUACAAAUCAUGAACAUCCAUUUACCUUGUUUAACGGGCACCAACAUCCCCUGUUUCUUAUGUUGAAUCAAGAGCAGCUGAUGGAUAAUCAAAGGGGUGUAACUGAUUGCUGGAGGUGUGGGGAGAAGGUGUCUGCUCCAUGUUUUUGCUGUGCGGAGCACUGUGGGUUUUAUCUUCAUAAGGUAUGUGCCAAGGCACCUUUGGAGCUUAAUCACCCUUUUCAUCUCAACCAUCCUCUUCUUAUGCAAAAUGCACCUUAUUCAUCUGGAAUGUACAUUUGCAAUUUUUGCAAUAAAUCUGGUCACAAGUCUGUUUAUCGCUGCUCUACUUGUGAAUUGGACUUUCAUAUUAAAUGUGAUUUGUUUACAUUUAAUAUUGCUGAGAAUAAUUUGAAAGAGCUUGACCAUGUUGCCCUUCAAGAUGAAACACUUGAAGAUGAUAGUAAGUGCUUUGGGUGUUGGGAACCAUUAGCAAAGUAUACACACUUUUCUCCGGACUGUGGAUUUAAUUUACAUGACAAAUGCGCCGAGCUUUCUUUCAAACUGAAUCUUGAGUGCCAUCGCGAACAUCCUCUUGUUCUACAAUUUUAUAGCGAACAACUCUCUUGCAAGAUAUGCUGCCAGGAAACAAGGCGAAUAGGAUUUUUUUAUGGUUGUUCUCCCUGUAAGUCUGUUGUUCACAUUGAAUGUGCAUCACAAUCACCAUUACAAGUUAUUAAGAGUACAAAUCAUGAACAUCCAUUUACCUUGUUUAACGGGCACCAACAUCCCCUGUUUCUUAUGUUGAAUCAAGAGCAGCUGAUGGAUAAUCAAAGGGGUGUAACUGAUUGCUCGAGAUGUGGGGAGAAGGCGUCUGCUCCAUGUUUUUGCUGUGCGGAGCACUGUGGGUUUUUUCUUCAUAAGGUAUGUGCCGAGGCACCUUUGGAGCUUAAUCACCCUUUUCAUCUCAACCAUCCUCUUCUUAUGCAAAAUGCACCUUAUUCAUCUGGAAUGUACAUUUGCAAUUUUUGCAAUAAAUCUGGUCACAAGUCUGUUUAUCGCUGCUCUUCUUGUGAAUUGGACUUUCACAUUAAAUGUGCUUUGUCUACAUUUAAUAUUGCUGAGAAAAAUUUGAAAGAGCUUGAGCAUGUUGCCCUUCAACAUCCACUGAUUCCCAUUCAACAUCCAUUGAUUCCCACUGAAAAUGGUGAUGAAAUACUUAAAGAUGUUUCUAAGUGCUUUGGGUGCCGGGAACCAUUACCAAAUUAUACACACUUUUCUCCUUGCCGUGGAUUUAACUUACAUGAGAAAUGCACUGAGAUUCCUUUCAAAUUGAAUCAUGUGUGUCAUCGCAAGCAUCCUGUCAUCCUACAAUUUAAUAGCGAACGGCUCUCUUGCAAGAUAUGCUGCCAGGUAACAAUGCGAAGAGGAUUUGUUUAUGGUUGUUCUCCUUGUAAGUUUGUUGUUCACAUUGAAUGUGCAUCACAAUCACCAUUACAAGUUAUUAAUAGUACAAAUCAUGAACAUCCAUUCACCUUGUUGUUGAGACAAGUUCCAUUCACAUGUGAUGGGUGUGGCACUGAAGGAAAUCAUGUUGCCUAUACAUGUGGUACAUGCAACAUUAUAAUCCAUAAAAACUGCAUUUCAUUGCCUCGCAUUAUCAAAAGUAAGUGGCAUGACCAUCGCCUUCUUCACACAUAUUUCCAUCACAUAGAAGAUUUUAGGGUUUUGAGGUGCCUAAUAUGCCAUUAUCUAGUCAAUACAGAGCAUGGUAGUUACUAUUGUUCAAAGUACAAUGGUAUAUUCCAUGUGAAGUGUGUAAUGAAGGAUAAAGAUUCAUAUGAAAUAGUAGAAAAUGAAGAUGAGAUUGAGAUGCCCAUUGAAAGUUCCAUCAUUGUUAUUGAGAGCAACGAUGCUGGAGAUGCUACAAAAAUAAAGCAUUUCAAGCAUAUGCAUAAUCUAAUGUUAGGUCCCUUUGUUGGAGGAUAUGAAAAUAGUUGCGACGGGUGUAUGUUGCCAAUCUCGGAUCCGUUUUACUACUGUUCAGAAUGUGCUUUUUUUCUUCAUAAAGCGUGUGCCGAGUUACCUAAGAUGAAGAACGUUUGGCAUCAUGGUUGCAAAGAGCCCCUAGCCCUUAUUUCUGACAAAGCUUUUCUGUGUCGACGAUGUUGGUACGUAACUAAUGCCUUUGCUUAUGAAUGUUGUGGAUGUGAGGGAAAAAUAUGUCUCCGAUGUGUGAUUGCUCUUACUCCUGGUGCUCGAACAUGUUUGAAACAUGAACACCCCCUCUUUUACUACCCAAAGCACAAUGGGAAAUGCAAUGCUUGUGGUAGGACUACACAGGCGGCAUUCUGUUGUAAGGAUUGCAAUUUUGUGCUACAUCUUCGUUGUUUUUCACUUCCAAUUACAGCUCAUCAUAAAUGUGAUGAGCAUCUUCUUUCACUCACAGAUCAUGAUGAUAACAAAUAUUUAGAAAGUCAUCAUUGUGAUAUCUGUGAAGAAAGUCGAGAUUCAAAACUUUGGUUUUAUAAUUGUUCAACAUGUGAUACUUCUGCUCAUGUUAAUUGUGUUCUUAGACGAUAUCCAUUCCUCAAACUCGGGAGCAUUCAUGAAGGAAAUGAUCAUCCACACCCACUCACCAUUGUGAAGAAGUAUUACUACCCAGAUUGUGAUAAAUGCGGUAAGCCUUGUGAAGGUAUGGCUCUUGAAUGCUCAAAGUCGGAAUGUAAAUUUAUUGUCCACUGGAAAUGUGAAGUAGACUCUUAUCUAUGGGGUUGGUGAGUGUGGCACAAGCGGGCAAUUCAGAUGUAAUCAUAUUUGAAACCUGCCACUUCAUUUGCAGGAAAACUCAAGGCUGAAAAACAGGGUUUGAUGUUUGCCUGGUUACUUGUGAUAUUAAUUAUUGUUGUAACUGUAAUUUGGUUUUUUCGACUUUUUAAGUUAGAAAUAAAUGUCAUGUAAAAAUCUGAGCUGAAACUUGUGAGGUU